AUGCCACAAUCAACAAUCAAAAAACAAUCGAAGGCAACAGAAACAAAUUUAAAAUCCAACGCGCAUAUUACAAAGAAGAAACAAAAUUUAACAGUUUCAACAACAACAAAAAAUAGUCAUGUUAAAAAUAUGAGUCGUAAACAGCUCAUUAAUUCCUUAGCUGAAAUGGGUAUAUUAACACCUGAUAGAAUAAAAAUUGAUACGUUACAUCUUUUAUAUGAAGAAAAUAUUUAUAAAAAACGGAAAAAAUGUGAAGAUAAUUUAUCAAAUUCUUCAACAAGUUCGGAAAAUGAAUGUGAUCAACAUGUUCAAUUGAUCACCGAAUCCAGAAAGGAAGAGACAGAUGGUCAUGAUACUAACGACAUUGAAGAAACUGAUGAUCAAGGUCAACCCAAAGUCAAAUUAAAUCAUUUGAAUUAG